AUGAAUCCGCUACGAGGAGCUCAAACCACUCUGCGGGAGCUCUUCAGGCUGCCUGCUCAUGCUGUUUCCACAGUGAGCGACCCGCAGGAUAUCCAUGUGCCCGGCCUGGCUCUGGGCUACGAGAUAUACGACACGUGCAUGCAGUCCGUGGUGGUGAUGCAGCCCGCCAUGCUGUUCCUGACGGAGCGGCGCUCGCAGGAGAUCCAGGUGCUGUGCAACUACACUGAGUACAGCACCCGCGCAGCUGCCAUCAUCGGACCCGCCACCUCCGCCAUGACAGCCACCAUUGGGAAGCUCUUCAGCUUCCUGCUCAUCCCACAGAUCAGCUACGGAGCCACGAGCGACAAGUUCAGCGAUAAGAAGCACUUCCCCUCUUUCCUGCGGACGGUGCCCAGCGACAAGGACCAGGCCCAGGGCAUGGUGGGCCUGGUGUCCGGGUUCCAGUGGAACUGGAUCGCGGCGGUGGGCAGCGAUGACGAGUACGGGAAGCAGGGGCUGAGGCAGUUCUCCCAGCUGGCCUCACAGGCCUCCCUGUGCAUCGCGUACGAGGGGCUGAUCCCCGUGUACAGCCCCCCUGAGGACAGAGAGAGAGAAAGAGACAGAAUAGGGAAGACUCUCACACACACACUCUCUCUCACACUCACCUGUCCCUCCUGGUUGCAGGUGAUUCGCAGGCGUAUGCGGAAGGUGUGGAUUGGCAGCACUGCCUGGGUCCUGAUGGAGGACGUCUCCUCCCUGCCUGGCAUCGAGACGGUGGGCACAGUGAUCGGGUUCAGCUACCACAACCCCGAGGUGCGAGGCUUCGAGCAGUACACGAGAGACCUCUUCACACAGCUCCAGAGCGAGCAGCAGCAGCAGACGAGGAGGAGGAAGAGGAGAGGGGGAGACCCCUCACCCCAGGACAUGCCCAUCCCACAGACCUGCCCCGUCUGCUCCAGCCUCACCCCCGAAAACGUCUCCUUGGUGACCCAGCCCCUGGUGAAGCACAACGCUUUCAGCGCGUACGCGGCCGUGUACAGCGUGGCUCACGCGCUGCACAGCAUGCUGGGAUGCGGCGCGGAGCAGUGCAGCAGGAACGUGACGUCACUCUACCCCUGGCAGCUCCUGGAAGAGCUGAAGAAGGUCCAGUUCCAACUCAACAGCCAGGAGUUAAAGUUCGACGAAAAUGGGAACCCCAACAUCGGCCAGGGGAUCCUGACAUGGGUUUGGGGCGCGAAGACGGAAUACAAGGAAAUCGGAACCUACACCAAAGGGGAGCUCAGCAUCGACAAAGACCAGAUCACUUGGUACACACAGAACAAGCAGGUGCCCGUGUCCCAGUGCUCCCAGGAGUGCCGGGACGGACAGGUGCGCCGGGUCAAAGGGUUCCACUCCUGCUGCUUUGACUGCCUGGACUGCCAGGCCGGCACCUUCCAGAACAACAGCGAGGAUUUCCAGUGCACUCAAUGCCCCGCUGGCCUGUGGUCGACCACCAGGAGCAGGCACUGCUCCCGCCCAACCUUCACCUUCCUGGACUGGGGCGACUACGUCUCCCUCGCGCUGCUGCUGGUGACCUGCGCCCUGCUGCUGUGCGUGGCCUACGUGGCCCUCCUCUUCCUCAGGCACUACCAGAGCCCCCUGGUGCGGGCCUCGGGGGGGCCUCUGAGCCUGCUGGCCCUGCUGGGCCUGGCAUGCAGCUCCUGCAGUGUGGUUCUGUUCCUGGGCAGCCCCAGUGAUCUGGUGUGCCUCCUGCAGCAGCCCGUCUCCGCACUCAGCUCUGUGCUCACGAGCUCCGCCCUGCUCGCCAUGUCCCUGCAGGUGAUCUGUGUGACAGAUUUCCCACAGCUCUCUGCCUCACGCCUGGGCUGGGUCCAGGGGCUGGGCAGCUGGCUGGUGGUUGCCGUGGGGACCUGCCUGCAGGGCGGGGUCUGUGUAUGGUACAUUCUGAAUAGCAGGCCCCUCUCCCAGUACGUGGCCCAGAUGGAGGUGUCCUUCUCCAGCACUUUCCUGCGCUGCCAGACGGAGCCCAUGGACGGCUUCGGGCUGAUGCUGGGCUGCAACGGGCUGCUGUCUCUGGUCUCGUUCAUGAGCACCUUCAUGGCCCAGAAGCCCCCCAAGCAGUACAACAUGGCCCGGGACAUCACCUUCUCCACGCUAGCCCACUGCGUGGUCUGGGUGGUCUUCAUUCCCAUCUACACCGGCCUCUCGGAAAAGGGCAAGUCCGUGGCUCAGAUGGUUGCCAUCCUGCUGGGGAACAUCGGGAUCGUGGCCAACUACUUCCUGCUCAAGUGCCACCUGCUCCUGACCCAGCCGGCUCUCAACACUCUGGAGCACUUCCAGAUCUACAUCGAGGGACCUGCGGCACGGACACAGUCAGAGGAGGAGGAGGGGGUGGUGAAGGAGGGGCAGGAAGGGGAGAAAGAGGGGCAGAAGGAAGGGGAGAAGGAAGGAGAGAAAGAGGGGGAGAAGGAAGGAGAGAAAGAGGGGAAGAAGGAAGGAGAGAAAGUGGGAGAGAAGGAAGGAGAGAAUGAAGGGGAGAAAGAGGGGGAGAAGGAAGGGGAGGUCAAGUAA